UUUUUUUUUAAACUAUUAUCUUUAUUUUGAUACUGUUUUUAUUUUAGUUCGACAUUAAAUUCCUGAUUAACAAAAGAAUAAAAUUGUCAUUUUUGAAAAAAAACACAAACGACAAUUUUAAGUUCAAAUGGGCCUUUUUACAUCAUCAGUUGAUUACUAUAAUUUACCAAAAGAUAAAAAAAAAGAAAAUAUAGAUCAAGUUGAUACUUUAACAACACAACGUCGACCUUCUGAUAAUUUAUUAGAUUUGACAGAUGUCUUUAAUGCUGAGCCUAAUGUUAACAAUCAGCCAUCAUCACAACAACAGCAGGAUCUAUCUGGAACAAUAGAGAACGAUAAUCUCUUGACAUGUAACAAAAAAGGAAAUACAUAUAAUCACGAUGGUAAAAAGCCAUAUAUACUUGAUAUGUUUGAUCCUUUAAGAGAGAAAACAGUAGAGGAAAGACAGUCAUCAAAAGUAAUACCACCAUCCACUAGGAUACCUACCUCUCGUCGUCGUCCCUUGAAUCGUAAUUAUGUCUCUGCAGAUAAUAUUCAUAAAGCUAUUCAUGAUAAUGAUAAUGAUAGCAACAGUUCACCUUCUUCUGUUAUACAAUUAAAUCCAACUCCCCCUUCUUCACCAGGUAAACGUACAAGACAUAGUUCAAUUGCAAGGCUUGUUAAAAUACAACCAAGAGACGUACAGAUAGGCAAAGCAAAUAAAGAAUUAGCUGAAUUUGAUCCUCUUCUUACUUCCUCUAUUCCUCCUCCUUCUUCUUGUAAAAAGAAGAUUUCUAGUCCUGAUGAAUUUUUAUUAUUAUCAGCAAAGCCGAAAAAUGGACAGAUAAAACAGCAACAACAAGCAGAGAAGCCUAAUACUUGCCAACAAAAGUAUUAUGUCAAUACAAAAAUUCCUUUACCAGUAUCUUCAAUACAGCAAAGUACAAAUAGACUUUCUAAUAUUCAUAUCCAUUCAAAUGAUGAACUUAAAUCAACAGCUGAUAUACGAAAUAAAGAAGAUCAGGUGUUACCAACUAAACUUAAACGACCUGAAGUAACUAUUCCAAAUUCAAUGAAACUAGCAUCCUCCUCAGAUUCAAAUGUCAAAUUUCAACGUCGUCUAUCUUUCUCAUCUAUCGUCCAAGACCAACUUGAUAAAGAACGCAAAAAGACUAAAAAAUUAAGUGUUAAUCUUAUAUCAGCACAGGGAUUAAUUAUAAAUCAACCAAAUCAGAUUUUAUCACCUAUUCAUAGUGGACACUGUAUAGUAGAUAACAUUCAUGAUCAAUUACAAAGUUUAGUGGAUCUUCACCCUAGUCCAGUAAAGGACAAUGCCUUAUUGACGAUUGAUAAUGGUGAUCAUGCAGAUAUUAUAAAUGGGAAAACUGCAUUAAAUAGAUAUAAAGCCUAUUUAUCCCCAUUUGAAAAAAGUGAAAUUCUACAAUAUCCAGCUGUUUAUUGUGUGGGGACAAAUGCAAACAGAAAACAUAUGGCAACCUUAGAUGAACCAGCUUUAAAUUAUGGAUUUGAUGAUGAAAAAGGAGAUUAUAAAAUUGUAUUAAAGGAUCAUAUCAAUUAUCGUUAUGAAAUUAUAGAAAGCCUUGGCAAAGGUUCCUUUGGGCAAGUAGUUAAAUGUCGAGAUCACAAAUUAGCCGAAAGAGAAUCAAUGAAUAAUAGUAUUGUGGCAGUUAAAAUUAUACGUAACAAAAAGAGAUUUUAUGCUCAAGCACAAACAGAAGUUAAGAUUCUUGAUAAAAUCAUGAAAUGGGAUUCAAAAAAUAAGCAUUUUAUUGUGCGAAUGCUGGAUAGUUUUUAUUUUAGAAACCAUCUAUGUAUUGUGUUUGAGUGCUUGAGUUCCAAUUUAUAUGAUAUACUACAACAAAAUAACUAUCAGGGAUUUAGUAUGGGACUUGUCAAAAGAUUUGCGUUUCAAAUUUUAACAGGUCUAAAUUUACUCAGUCAGUAUAAUAUUAUUCAUUGCGAUUUGAAGCCAGAAAAUAUACUAUUGAAACAACCAGAUCGAAGUAGAAUAUGUAUCAUUGAUUUUGGCAGCUCAUGUUAUUUAAAUGAAAAGGUGUAUACUUAUAUACAAAGUAGAUUUUAUCGAGCACCUGAGGUGAUAUUAGGAUUAGAUUAUAAUUUAGCAAUUGAUAUGUGGAGUACAGGAUGUAUUUUGGCAGAAUUAUAUACGGGUCGACCUUUAUUUCCCGGCGAAAAUGAACCAGAUCAAUUAGCCUGUAUUAUGCAAUUAUUAGGUGUACCUAGUCAUGAUUAUUUAGAACAAUGUACACGGAAAAAGCAAUUUUUCGACUCAUAUGAUAAACCUCGAAAAUCCAUUAAUUCGAAAGGAAAGAAACGAAAACCAAAUACAUUCACUUUUACAGAGGCAUUAAAGAGAUCAACUUAUGAUAACGUUGACAAAAGUUUUGUAGAUUUUAUUUGUCGAUGUUUAACUUGGGAACCAGAAAAAAGAAUGAAGCCGAUAGAAGCUUUAAAUCAUCCUUGGAUCCAAUCCAUUAAAAAACAGUAAAUAGAGAAUCCAUAGUAUAUACAACAUAUAUAUAUAUAUAUAAUACCCUUUAAUCAUAAUAAAAUAUAUAUGGAGUACAGGAUUCAAA